UCAGAUAAAUGGACUUAAGGAUUUUGAAAUAAUUUUCAUCUUAUUUAAUCUUGACUCAUAUUUCAUGUAUAUUUCAAUUUUUUGAAAUCAAAUUUGAAGUUUGGAUACUUUCAUUAGUUUUACUGUUUUAUUUAAUAUCGGCAAACGAAUAUCUAUAAUUUAGGCAGGGUUGUUCGUUUUAAGAAAUAAAAUGGGUCUGAGAUUGAAAUCCUUGUUUUUAUUUCUGGUAACGUAUGUAACGUAUAUAACGUGUAAGGACUGUACUGUAAAUGACGAAUGCUCGUGUACAAUGGAUGAUGGCAGUGGUAAAGUGGACCUAACAAGUCUGGGAAAAUCCGACAAUACGCCAAUGUUUAAAGACGUAUUGUAUAGUGACGAGGGAUAUUAUUACUCGUACAAUCCGUGCGGAGGUUUCGAUGAAGGAGCUUGCUCUAACGCUGCGGUUUGUGUUUUAAAACAAGACAAGUCUCAUCAACAACAGAUUGGCGACGCCUCUAGAGCAGCUUUUAAAUGGGAUGAUGAUAGUGGCAAUGUCAUUGCAGCUUAUACGUCAGGCACUGGUAUUUUAAGGUUGUCAACAGUAAAUCUUGUAUGCGAUCAAACUGCGUGUACGCCAACAUUCCAGCCAGAAGGUGAGCAAGGAGCCGGGCAAUUUGAAAUGACGUUGACGACGAUAUGCGCAUGUCCGGGCAAGUGUGGUCCAAGCGGACCCAUAAAUUCUACCUGCAAUAGCGUUUCGGGUGGACUCAGCUCUAGAAGUAACAUCAACAUUAUCAUCAUGUUCCUUGUCCUCAUGCUUACCACCACAACCAACAAUAUUAUGACACUCACGUGUAUGUAAUAUAAGAACAAUUGUGAUUUUUUUGUAAUAUUAGAACAGUUAUGUUUGUGAUAUUAGAACAAUGGCAAAGAACCAUCUUGAAGAAGACAUUAAUGCAAUUCUUUUUUUAAAUGCAUUUUCUUGUUUUUGUACCUGUUUUAGAUAUAAACUAUUUUACACAGGGAUAAGGUUAUGACCAUAUAAUCAAUUCAAAAGCACCGACUUGAUAUUAAACUUUUAAGAAAAGAAAUAUACAAAACAACAUAAUAUACAAGUUCUAGUUAUAUAUUUUCAUUAAACAGUUUUCUGUAGUAGGUCCUUCAUGAACCUUCAAGACUUCUUUGACAAAAACAUUUCAUCACAUGGGGAGUGAAAUCGCGACGGCACCCAACUCGAAUGGACUUCUUUACGAUAGUUAUAUUUCAACAAUGAAUGAAUUCUGAAUAAACAUGCGAGGUGCACAAGUAACAGUGAAUUGCUUUUACAAUAUAAGUUCAAUAAACUCUUAUUUUUUGUUCUACUCCUUAUUAUCUUUGAUAAUAAUAAACAGGGAAACCGAUGUUUCCUUUUUCAUUUACUCCUUAUUGUCUUUUAUAUUUGUUUUAGAUAUGGCAACGGAUGUUUGAAUAAUUUGCACUGCACAUAUCUUUUCACAUCAGUGGUUAUAAUUAUAACUAUCUAGAUAUACAGCUA